GCUGCCUUCCCCUCAGCCAGCCCGGGCCUGGCGCUGUUGAGGCGCCGAACACCGUUGAGGGAGAAGUUCGGUAGAAUAGGGCGGCUGCGGAAGGCAGCGCGAACCUUUUAAGAUGUUGCGCGGCCUGAGCGGCUGGUUGGGGAUGAGCUGGGCGGAGGAGGAAGAAAAACCGUCUCUCCCCGAAGAGGAAGCCAGGACUGGCGGGGAAGAUGAUGUCGUCCCUGGAAGAGACGCGACCCCGCGGAGCCACGAAGAGGAGGGACUGAAGGGAGACCCAGGCUCGGACCCGCUCCUUAACCAAGCCAAGGGGCUCGGCAGUUAUAUUUUCAGUUUUGCUACAACGGCUACAAAAAAGAUAUCUGAAUCAGUUGCUGAAACAGCACAAACUAUAAAGAAGUCUGUUGAAGAAGGAAAAAUAGAAAAUAUAAUUGAUAAGACAAUUAUAGGAGAAUUUCAGAAGGAACAAGAAAAAUUUGUUCAACAGCAACACACCAAAAAAUCAGAUACAGCUGUGCCUCCAUGGGUAGACAGCAAUGAAGAAGAGACAAUUCAGCAACAAAUAUUGGCCUUAUCAGCAGACAGAAGAAACUUUCUGCGUGACCCACCAGCAGGGGUUCAGUUUAAUUUUGACUUUGAUCAGAUGUAUCCAGUAGCCAUGGUGAUGCUUCAAGAAGAUGAGCUUCUAAAUAGAAUGAGAUUCGAUCUUGUUCCAAAACAUGUAAAGGAAGAGGUGUUCUGGAGGAAUUAUUUUUACCGUGUCUCCCUUAUUAAACAGUCUGCACAACUUACAGCACUGGCUGCACAACAACAAGCAGCAAGAAAAAAGAAUGGCAGUGAAGAGGAUAGACAGCUAACAGACACUGCGAGGCCAAAGACACCACCUGUUGCAAUCAAACCUCAGCUGAAACAUCAAGAGGAUGAUGAAGAGAUUUCUACUAGUCCAGGUGUAUCUGAAUUUGUAAGUGAUGCUUUUGAUGCUUGCAACCUGAAUCAGGAAGAUUUGAGGAAAGAGAUUGAACAGCUUGUGCUUGACAAGAAAAAGGAAACAACUAUAGUCGACGAAGAAACUGCAGACUGGGAAAAAGAACUACAACAAGAACUUCAAGAAUAUGAAGUAGUCACAGAAUCAGAAAAACGAGAUGACAACUGGGACAAAGAAAUAGAAGAAAUGCUACAGAGAGAAAAUUGAUCACUUUGCCUAGAACGUUUUCCAGAAACUGACAUGAACUUGUUCUUACACCUGCUUCAAGCACUUUCCUUGAGGCCCAAAGUUCUUUGUAAAAUAAGACUCCAGGUGUUACAUAAUCAGGUACAGAAACUGUUCUCAGAAAAUACUGUCUAUAAAUCUAGCAAGCUGUAAGGCAAUUCUUGCUUGUAUGUUAGGAAUUUCUAAUCAUCCCAAAUUUUCAUUGUUAAAGACAUUGCAAAAUUGAUUUUCAGUUUAACACAAAGUAGUACUUGAUGUAAAAAGAGAUUCAGAGCACAUAUGCAUACAUACACACACACAUCUGUGCCUAGAAUUAUCUGGAUCACUGUAUUUGUAUUUUAAUUGUUUUGAUAUUUUCAGAUGGUUAGAGAAUGCUAAGUAAAUGAAAAAUGAAUUCCUGACUAUAAGUAAAAUUGUGACAUUUCUUGUAGUAGAAAACUUGUAUCUUAACUACUUUCACAGAAGUAAUGGCAACUCAUGUUGCUAUGCUGCUACUUCUGGCCCAUAUAUAAAUAAUUAAGAAAAUACAUCUAAAUAUGAGCAUUUUCAAAAAUAGAUCCUAAAAUGACAUAUACUUGCUGUUUAUAGUUCAAAUGUUGCUUGUAAUUGGCACUUUUGAAAUAUUGCCAUUUUAAAUAGAAGCACUGAAGGAUUGCACUAAUCGUGUAACAGAAAAAUCAGUUGGAUAAUACACUUCCCUUUGCUCCCAUAGAAAGAUAGAAUUUCAGUUUUGAUUGAUGGCACAUGAACCAGCAGAGGAUGCAUGACUAACAUUUGUUGAACAAAACAAAUCUGAGCUGCUGUUAGGAAAUCACUUUGAAGGUCAUAUCCAGAACCACAAGCUCUAAAAGGAAAACAUCUUGGAUCUGUUUGAGACAAAAGUAUUCCUUCAUUUAAAAUUGUAAAAAGUACAGAAUACUUUAUGGUGACUAUUAACACUUAAGGACAGAUACUAUAUUUCUAUUUAAUGAAAAAUUCAGACAACUAUCAUUAGGUAGUGCUAUAAAACAUGUUUAUAAAAAAUACAAAAACCAUAUACUUACAAUAUACAUUGAUACUGAAAAGGUGGUUGCUAUUGAAUGAUAGGCAACAUUUCAGUUGGAUGAAGUAGCAGAGAAAAAGAUGCUAUGUAAACUGUAUAAAAGAUGUACAAGGAUACCACUUAUCUAACAUUACAGUAAUUAGUUCCCUAGAGUACUAGGAUGAUUUUUGAGAUCUAAUAGGAUAGUGGCUAGAACAUUUACAUUAAUUUUGUUUGAAAUAUCUCAUUAGUUCCUAAAUAAUCUCUCAGAAUUAUAAUGAACACUUUUCAUGUAGCCAGUAACUUGAUUCUUUGAAAUAUAUAAUAAUGUAAGCUUUUUAUGUUAUGCAAACCCAGUACUCAAGAGAAUUCAAAAAGUGUUGUAAUUGCACCCUACAAAUAGAUAAGGAUAACAGACAUAAGCUGAGAGGAGUCACACUAUAAAUUAGAAAGGGGAACAAAACACAACUUUCCAGAACAAAAAAUGUCAAAGGGUAAAUCAUACAGUAUUUACUAGGGGACGCUAGAGUUUUAAAAUUCUGCAAAAACGUUCAUUAAUAGUAACAUUGAAGAGUAGAUCUCAUGUUAGAUGAUCAAAAGUAUUUAUUGGGGACAGUUUUAUAGCACUCUCAGCUAUUUUUCCCCCUUCAGGUAGAAAAAUUCCCACUGGACAGUAUAGUUAAUAGAGAUUAUAUGCAUUUCAGUCUUAAAAAUGAGGUGUACAUGAGACUGUUGUCAAAUUAAAGUUUUUCUAAUAUCCCAUUAAUUGCUUUUCCCUUAUAAAAAUCAAACUUAAUAUUUCUCUGAUGUGAAAAGUAUUUAUUCUGUGUUUCAGUGGUUUUGCAUCAGCAUAUUUCUGAUAGUUAUUUUUCCUGAUUUUAAAGUCAGUUUUUUUCCUUAAAAAGUCUGUUCUGAAAUAUCAGUUUGACAAAGUUCUUGCUAAGUUAUUGUUCGGUUGGAAUUUCAGCACCACAUUAAUAGCACAAAGGAUGUUUUUGAUAUGGCAAGGACAUAGUUUAUUGUCAGUGCUUCUCUUCAUUUGUAGGAUAACUAACCUGAAAGAGCCUUUUGGGUUCAUUAGCCAGCAUCAUAAAUGCAAUUCCAGUUUGCUUAAUGGCAGAGAGAAUUGGGUAUAUCUGUAUAGUUUAUUAAAUUAUUUACCAAUGUAGGGCAUAAAAAUGUUUGCACUGAAAGUUAAAGCACUUUUGUAUAAUUUUAGAUUUUUGACAAAUUAAGCUUUGAUCGGUUCCCUAUUUACUUUAUAAUUUAUUAGUCUUUUUUACCAGGGAAAUAAAUAGGAACCUAUUUAUUUUCCUUCAGUAUUUAUCUUUUUUCCUUCAAGAACAGAUAUGAGGGUACGCAAAGGAGACAAGCACAUAGGUACUGCUGCAUAAGCAGAAAUCCACUUGCAUGAUGCUGAUUCUAGCCCCUUGGAAGUAAAAUAUUUUCUCUCUUCUAAAUAUAGUUGCAAGUGUUUUUGA